AUGGCCGACUCCAAAGCGAAAUUGGAGAAGCUUUGUUCGCAGCUCGCCUCCCUGGAACUCGAGCACUCGCUGAAAGGCACCGAAGGGAAAGAGCCGAGGUUUUGGGUGGUGGCCGCUCCUCGAAGCGUCUCGGAUGUGGCAUCCUUCGUAAAGGCAGCCCAGAGCCUGGCAUGCUCCGUGAGUGUCGUGGGCGGGAACCAUUCCGGCUACGGCGGGCUGGGGGAUUUGGUGCUGGAGAUGGAGCACCACUUUACCGGGAUUGCUGCAGAUGUCACCAGCAACCUCGUCAGGGCGGAGGCCGGCGUGAAGCUGAAGUCUUUGGCCGCCAAGGCCGCGGAAUCUGAGCUUGUGGUUCCCCUAGGCACCGCGCCGACGGUGGGUGUGGGCCUGAUUCUUCAAGGGGGCGUCGGGCACUCCACCAGGCGUUUGGGACUUGCACUCGAUGCCAUCCACUCUCUCCAGCUCGUCACCGCUUGGGGGGAGGUCUUGACCUUAAGCAGCGACUCAAGCGACGAGCACAAGGACCUCUUCUGGGCCGUGUGCGGCUGUGGCCCCAACUUCGGCGUGGUCACCUCCCUGGAACUUAAAGCCUCGAAGCUCAAGAGCUGUCGGGCCACGCGGCGCGUCUUCCAUGUGCCUUCGGAAUCCCCUUCCGAGGCCGCGUCGGUGGUGCAAAGAUACAUGUUACGCUCGCAGUCCCUUCCCAGGGACUGCUGUGCUGACUGCUGCCUGUACCUGGCAGAUGGCUCGAUACAAGUGGGGAUCUACGACUUCAACCUUGGGUGCGAGGUCCCCCCAGUCGAUGCGGGGAGUGCCGAGUCAGUGCUUGAGCUGGUGGACGAGGGGCUGAACCCAGUUCAGCUUAUGGAUAUUGAGCCCUACUUAUGCGAACAGCCUCCAGGUGUGGCGCACCGUGGCUUUCUUUCCAGCCGGCGCUUCUUUACCCGAGCGCUUUUCUUUGGUCGUGAUGCCGACAUAAGCGAGGCGUUGGUGGAGAGACUGUUGAAGGCUCCCAGCCGUCACUGCUACUUCCACUUCCAGCACAUGGGUGGUGCUGUGGCUGACGGCAGUAGCCUGAGCAGUGCCUUUCUCGCGAGGGAUGCAGAGUGGUCACUCGUGAUCACUGCUGCGUGGACCGAGGAUGAGGAGGAUUGCAGCUUUUGGGUCAGGGAAGUUGUGAAAGUCUUGUUGCCGCUUGCUUUGGGAUGCUAUGCAACAGACCUUGGCCCAGACCCAGAGGAUGUCGAGCUAGCACGGCAAACAUUUGGCGCACAUGCCGAGCGCUUGCUGCUCUUGAAGCAGAAGUGGGAUCCCAACAACAUGUUUAGACAUGGCUUUCCUUUGUCUCAGCUUGGCGAGGCUGCCUAA